AAACAAACCAAUCCCUUUCCCGGUCGCCAUUACUGCACUGUUACUUUUUCUCUUAGUUCCUACCACUGCUCCGUCGCAAGCAUUUCACUUCUUUGUUCGCUUGUUGUAAAUUUUCGUUGCGAUUCGAAUUUGCGAUGGAGAAGGAGAAGUCGUCGCCUAGUCUGAAACCCUGCGAGUUCUGCAACUCCGCACCGGCGAUUCUACACUGCGACUCCGAUGCUGCGAACCUCUGCUUGCUCUGCGACCGACGGGUCCACUCCGCCAACGACGUCUCCCUCAAGCAUUUGCGAAUCCCUCUCUGCCAAAUCUGCGGGUACAGAAUCGCCUCUUUUCGCCGGGAUAAGGUUAACCUCGUGGCGUGCGAAGAAUGUGACGAGCGGGAGAGUAGAGAAGAGGAAGAGGAGGGAAUCGGGGGUGUUCCGUCGCGAAUUCCGGUCAAAGGGUUCUCAGGCUGUCCUCCUUCGCUCGAAAUCGCGGCCGCGUUUGGGGUCGACUCGAGAUCUCGAUUUCAGGGGGGUUCCGGCGGUAGUUCGAGGUGGGAAGUUUACAGGCAGCUGACGGAGUUGGAAUCUGAUGAAUUGGAGGUGAGAGCUAAGAAGGAGCAGGAAGAAGACGAAGAAGAAUGGAGGGUAUUGCGGGAGACGCCGUUCAGUUCUUUGCUGGCGUCACCGGAUCGAGUUGAGGAUAAAGGAGAAAGCUUUUGGGUUGCUGAUGGGGAUCUUAUGUGGAGCCAUAAUCCUGCUUUUGAAACUGCUCAGAUAUUGGAUUUCCAGCUUGGGGUUUCAGCAGGUUAUGCUGUAAAUGAUCCUGAUAUCACAGUCGAGCAUCACAGCAAUCCAGAUGAACAAGCCAAUUCAUUUGAUGAGCCAGAAAACGCUCCGAAUCACAAGGAUUCUUCAUCCAGAAAUAGUUGUACUGACGAACCAACAAAAAUGGAAGCAUCUCUAGAAUCCAAGGUUGUCGAAGAGGCUCAAACUUGUUGUGUGAAUGAAGAUGGGAACACUGAAGCUGCAGAUUGGUUGAAGGCGAAAGUUGACUUUGCUCAGAUUAGAGGGAAUGCUAUGUUGAGGUACAAGGAGAAGAAGAAGAAUCGAAGGUAUGAGAAGCGAAUCCGGUAUGAGUCGAGGAAAACUGGAGCUGAGUCAAGGAAGCGGGUUCAAGGUCGGUUUGUAAAGACUACUGAUAAAAAUUGAGAGUUUGCUGAACCAGUUAAUGGUUCUGGUUCCAUGGUAACUGUUCUUACCCUUUGAUCCUUAAAUCAAAAGCUCACUCUAGGGUUGUUUCUAUAAUGAACCGAAGGAUAGGAAAGGAAAACAGCAUUCAAGCAGGUGUAUAUAAGUGAGGACGAAAUUGCUAUAUGAUAUUUUCCAUUUUGUUAAGGCAGAAAUCUAUAGGGAAUCCCAUCCAGUUGGGACGGAUCAUGGAUGGAGGAGUGGGGGGAUAAGUAUUGGGAAUGGGGUGGGGGAAGGGCAGAACUGGUUUGAGCUUCGGGAUGUUUGAGAUUUUAACAUAUCCCAAAUCUUCUGCCUUCAAUGUAAAGCAUGGAGGAGAAUAAAUGUAACAGCUGUUGCAAGUAUAAUAGUAAAGUGGAGCGCAACUU